GGAGCCGCUCCUCUCCAAUCAGAUUUGUGGAUCAUGUACUGACAACAAACAAAAGAUCUAGCUAGCGCUAGCUAGCAAUCUGCCCAUGUCUGCUUUUAAUCGUAUUUUACUGAUAAUUUACCUUUUUAAAAUACCGUCUGUUUACAAUAUUAAUCUGCUUGCUAGAUAACUACAUUCCAUUUGUUGCCGCCCUAGCUGUUGUUAAUAACGUUGCUAUUUCAUUGUAUAUUUUUAUAGAUAAAAACAGUUCGAUCGCCAUGUCCGGGCAGUCCUCGGGCUGUGGGUUUCUAAUGUCGGUUGUGGUUCAUGGGGAUUCGGCUCUCAACGAGCAGGAAAAAGAGCUCAACCAACGACUCAGGCGUCUUUAUCCAGCUGUAAAUGAACAAGAAACCCCGCUUCCCCGAUCUUGGAGCCCCAAGGACAAGUUCAGUUACAUCGGGCUCUCCCAGAACAAUCUUCGGGUGCAUUAUAAAGGUCACGGAAAGACUCCGAAAGACGCAGCCUCUGUUCGAGCGACACACCCCAUCCCUGCUGCCUGCGGUGUCUAUUACUUUGAAGUCAAAAUCAUCAGCAAAGGACGAGAUGGAUAUAUGGGAAUCGGUCUCUCUGCCCAAGGUGUUAACAUGAACAGACUCCCAGGUUGGGACAAACAUUCGUAUGGUUACCACGGUGACGACGGGCACUCGUUCUGCUCCUCGGGGACCGGGCAGCCGUACGGCCCAACGUUCACCACGGGCGACGUCAUUGGCUGCUGUGUCAACCUGAUUAACAACACCUGCUUCUACACAAAGAAUGGCCAUAGUCUAGGUAUUGCUUUUACAGACUUACCGCCCAACCUCUACCCCACGGUGGGGCUCCAAACGCCGGGGGAGGUUGUGGACGCUAACUUCGGCCAGCACCCGUUCGUGUUUGACAUCGAGGACUACAUGCGGGAGUGGAGGACCAAGAUCCAAGCCCAGAUCGACAGGUUCCCCACUGGAGAGCGCGAGGGCGAGUGGCAGCCCAUGAUCCAGAGAAUGGUGGCAUCGUACCUGGUGCACCAUGGGUACUGUGCCACAGCCGAAGCCUUCGCCAAAUCCACGGACCAGGCUGUGCAUGAAGAGCUUGCCUCAAUCAAAAACAGACAAAAAAUCCAGAAGCUGGUGCUGUCGGGUAGAAUGGGAGAGGCUAUAGAGACGACGCAGCAACUUUAUCCAAGCCUACUAGAAAGAAACCGUGAUCUUUUAUUCAUGCUAAAGGUGCGGCAAUUCAUUGAGAUGGUGAACGGCACGGACAGUGAGGUGCGGUGUCUGGGGGGACGGAGCCCCAAGUCUCAGGACAGUUACCCCGGCAGCCCCCGGCUCUUCAGCAGCCCCACCCUCAGCCCCAGCCACGGCGCCAGCAUACACAGCCUGGCCUCCCCCGCCAAGCCCAGCGGCUCUCAAUCCUACCUGCCAGGUUUUGAUAGCAGUUGCAGUAAUGGUGUGGCCCCCAGCAAGCCCCACCCCUCGCCCCACUGUAACAAGCAGUCACCCCCCAACCUCUCCAACGCAGAGCUCAACAGCAUCAACAGUGCCAGGAGCCAGCAAGCAAACAACUGCACCAGGGAGGUGACACCGCCUUUUUCUUGUGGUGUACUCGCUAGUAAUGACAUGGACAUGGAGGUGGAUCACUAUAGCAACGGGGUGUCGGAGUCAAGCUCAUCAAACGGCUUCCUGAACGGUGGCUCCAAGCACGACGCAGAACUAGAGGAAUGCGAUGUGGAAAUGGAGGUGGAGUCCAGCCAGCCGAGACGGCAGCUGUGCGGGGGGAGCCAGGCGGCCGUGGAGCGCAUGAUCCACUUCGGCCGCGACCUGCAGGGCAUGAGCGAGCACCUGCGCCGGGAGUGCGGCAAGAGCUCCGCCAACAAGAAGAUGCUGAAGGAUGCGUUUAGUUUACUGGCCUAUUCAGACCCCUGGAGCAGCCCGGUUGGUUAUCAGCUGGACUCCAUACAGAGAGAGCCCGUCUGUUCCACCCUCAACAGUGCAAUAUUAGAGACUCACAACCUGCCCAAGCAGCCCCCCCUGGCCCAGGCUGUGGGUCAGGUCUCCCAGUGCCUGUCCAUCAUGGCUCGCUCAGGGAGCGGAUCCUGUGCGUUCGCUGCCCUUGAGGAUUACCUGCACUAGCUAUGCAAGCCGGCCCGCCGGACGCUAGCAACGCACGCGGAGACGGAGAAAAAUGACCGUUACGUUUAAAAACUUUUUUUUUUUUUUUAGUUACUUAGAGGGGACAGGCUCUGAUUUGUCGUUCAUCCUUCCUAGUUUACAAGGCAUGGUGCGAAUAACCAUCAUCAUUCUGACUGUUUUUAUUUUUGUUUUGCCUAAUGAGCAUAUAUAACUAUAUUUGUUGUUAGUUUUGAAACCAGCGGAGUGAACACCCAAUUUAGAAAAAGAAAAACAAGGCUCCAAUACUACAAACCCGUAGAAGUUGCAUGACGUUCGGCGGAACGUUUUAUCGGACCACUCGCAUAUACGGUCACACGCAGUAUAUGUGUCACCCUGUGUACAUAUAUAUAUGAAUAUAUAUUUAAAACUUAAUGGAAUUAUAUUAACACAAGAAGUUCAAAAGAUAUUUAGCUACCAAAAGUAAGAAAACCAAAAAAAAAAAAAAGGAAAAAACUUUUAUUAUAGAGAUGCAUCUUUUUGUGGUGGAUAUUUGUACGAACGCUUAGUGUAACCUAUGCCAUGGUCGCUGACAAAUCGUUCAAUUCGAUUUAGCAAACACCCAAAUAAUUGAUUUCGCCAUGCCUCCCAGACAGCACAAACUGGAGCAGCAGGUUUGAUGUGACGUGGCUUUGACCUUUUCAUUUGACCGUUAUUUUUUGGUCGUUCUUCGCCCCAUCGUCGAAGAUUGUCCUCAAACCACAAACAACUCAGGAGCACAGUGCCCUUCCUCAUUUCUGCGGUAAAUGUCAGUAGUCAACACAGACCCAGUACUUUCCUCCCUCUUUCAGUGUUUGCUCUGUUCGUUUUUUUUGGGCCUGCUCGGAACUUGUGAACAUUCCUCUGUGCACCUCCCCAUCAGAGGAGAAAAACAAAGGAAUAUUUUAAAAAAGUAUUGCCAACAACACUGUGUGGUAAUGACAUUUACUAUUAAAAAAAAUCCUAGGAAGACAUUGUGAACCGUGUGCACUCAACAUGCUGCAAUGAUUACUCUCCUGCUCUGAGGAAAAGUGUAUCAUCCCCAUUAACCACCAAUUAAAGUUUACUUCCAUUGUC